AUGGCUCCUAGUGCAGUCCCUGUCGACCAGGGGCUCGUCGACCUCAACGCCAUUUCUGCCGUCAACGGUGCUAAGCAACCGAACACCUUCUCGCUUUCGACCACACAGAAAAACGAAGUUGACCAUGUCCUCAAGACGUUCCGCUGCCUCAUUGCCGAUUUGUGCGAGCAGUUCAAGGGUGGCCACCCAGGCGGUGCCAUGGGCAUGGCAGCCAUUGGCGUCUCGCUCUGGAAGUACAUCAUGAAGUACUCACCAUCAAAUCCCAACUACUUCAACCGCGACCGCUUCGUCCUAUCCAACGGCCACACAUGCCUCUUCCAAUACACAUUCUUGCACUUGACAGGCUACAAGAACAUGACACUCGACCAGCUCAAGUCCUACCACUCGACUCGUACCGACUCCAUCUGCCCCGGGCAUCCUGAGAUCGAACACGAGGGCAUCGAAGUGACAACGGGUCCGCUCGGUCAGGGUGUCGCCAACGCUGUCGGUCUCGCCAUGGCCACCAAGCAUCUUGCUGCCACGUACAAUAGGCCUGGUUACAAUGUGGUCGACAACAUGACAUACUGCAUGAUUGGUGAUGCCUGUCUGCAGGAAGGUGUGGCUCUCGAGGCCAUCCAACUUGCAGGCCAUUGGAAGCUCAACAAUCUCGUCAUCAUGUAUGACAAUAAUCAGAUCACCUGCGACGGUAGCGUUGAUCUCUGCAACACAGAAGACGUCAAUGCGAAGAUGGAAGCUUGCGGUUGGGACGUUGUGACCAUCGAAGACGGCAAUUGGGAUGUCGAGGGCAUCGUCAAGGCCCUUACCCGAGCUCGUGCUAGCCAAGAGAAGCCUACGUUCAUCAACAUCCGCACAGUCAUCGGCGUCGGUAGUGCUGUUGCUGGCGAUGCCAAAGCUCAUGGCGCGGCUUUGGGUGUCUCUGAUGUCGCAAACAUCAAGAAGAGCUUCGGCCUAGAUCCUGAGAAGCAUUUCCACGUCUCCGAGGAAGUUUACAAUUACUUCAGUGAGGCCAGGGAGCGCGGUGCAAAACUCGAGUCGGACUGGAACAAGCUCCUUGACAAUUACACUCGCGACUUCCCCGAGCUGGCUGCUGAGUUCAAGGACCGUGUUGCUGGUCGGUUCACCGCCGACUACAAGUCGCUCAUCCCCGCCAAAGAGGACUUCCCUACCACACCCACGGCGUCCAGGAAAUCGGCCGGUCUGGUGUGCAACCCGCUGGCAGCCAAGCUUCAGAAUAUGAUGGUUGGUACCGCCGAUCUCUCGCCGUCGGUAAACAUGAUCUGGAAGGGCAAGGUUGAUUUCCAAAAUCCCAACCUGAAGACAGCUUGCGGGAUCAAUGGCGACUACUCUGGCCGUUACAUCCAUUGGGGCAUCCGCGAGCACGCGAUGGCUUCCAUCUCCAACGGCCUCGCUGCCUACAGCAAAGGCACGAUCCUUCCCAUCACUUCCAGCUUUUUCAUGUUUUAUAUUUACGCCGCCCCUGGUGUCCGCAUGGGUGCCCUGCAAGGCCUUCAGCAAAUCCAUAUCGCAACGCACGACUCCAUCGGCACAGGCGAGGACGGCCCUACACACCAGCCUAUUGCUCUCGCGUCACUCUACCGCGCCAUGCCGAAUAUCCUCUAUAUCCGCCCCUGCGACAGCGAAGAGACGGCAGGCGCCUUUUUGGCUGCACUAGACGCUCCGAAUACUCCGUCUAUCAUCUCCCUUUCCCGCCAAAACCUUGAACAAUACCCCGCUCACACAUCCCGCGACGGUGUUCUACGUGGCGCUUAUGUUUUCCAGGAAGUUGCGGAUGCGGAUGUCACCCUGAUCGGCAUUGGGGCCGAAAUGGUUUUCGCCGUCAAGACGGCUGCACUCCUAGGCGAAAAGUUCGGCAUCAAGGCGCGCAUCGUCAGCUUCCCGUGCCAGCGCCUCUUCGAGAGGCAGAGCAUCGAGUACAAGCGUGAGGUACUCCAGUACAGGAGCAAGGCGCCACGCGUCGUUAUCGAAGCCUACGCCGUCAACGGGUGGGAGAGAUAUGCCGAUGCUGGUUGGUCCAUGAGCACAUUCGGGCACUCGCUGCCCGGACCGGCGGCGUACAAGUACUUUGGGUUCGACGAGGCUGUCAUUGCACCCGAGGUUGCAAAACUUGUCGAAGAAAUAGAUGGCUAG